AUGAUCAAAUUCUCUCCUUUAUUAAAUUAAAUAAAAGAGAAAAAAUUAAUAGAUAUGGAUAAUUUUAAAAAAAUAUGUUAUCAAAAACAAAGUGAAGAAAAUUAAUUAUUUAGAAAAUAAUACUAGGACAGUAGAACAUUUUCAAAAAAAUAAUAAAAAUAUAAAAAUCUAGUAAGCCAUAUACAAAUCGUUUAUCACUAAUUAGUAACUUAUCAAAAAUACAUUUACAAUUGA